UAACAACUCGUAGCAAACUCAGCGCUGACUUUGCUCGGCCGCAACUAAGACCUGACCGCUGUCCUUCGUGGGGCGCGUCAGACACUUUUAAUAUAUAGUAUCCAUAUUAGCCAUUAGCGCGGCAGCGCGUUGACUCCACCACUUGGACUCACAUGCGUUCUAGGCUUUCGUUAGGCGUCGCGGCCGUGGUGGUAGCAUGGAGUUUGAUGGUUCCAGGCGCGUUUGCCCAGAAUAAGAACACUGUGCACACAGCUGUUUACAUCGGCGGGGCCGUUGCUGGAGCAGGAUUCGUCGUGACUUUUGCCCUUUCCAUCGUGGGUUGCAUGUUUGACCGGAAGCACAGCACGCACCCAGACCCGGAGCAGCCCCGGCGGAACGCGCGGCAGCAGCAACAACCCCCCAUGGCCGCCCCGCAGCAGCACCAGGCUCCACGGGGCAACCAUGCAGCGGCGCCACCAGGCAUUACACCUGCGAACGCGGGCUGGGACACCGGCAACGCCGGGGCAGGCGCCUGGGGCCAGGCGCCGCCGAAGGGCUAUGGCUACGACUCCUACAAUGUGCCCGUACAAGCGCAGCAGAUGGCGGCGGCGGCUCAUGGGUGGGCGCAGGGCGCGGUGCCGGUGACAGGCUGGGGCGGGGCGGUGCCGACCGGCAAACACCAGGCGUGGUAGCAUUGAGCGGCUCCGCAGCCGCGGCUGCCGCCGCAGCGGCGGCGGCGAACACGACGUGGGCAUUGGCAACAGCAUCCGGCGCUCGUGUGUGGAACAUAUAUAGUACCUGGGCUGGCUGCUUGACAAAACACACACGCGUCAGCUUGUGGCUGAUCCAUGGGCGGUGAUAGCGACCAUGGCAGUCAAUGCGUGUGUUCGAGGCUUCACCGCGGCCUAGCGUCAGCUGGGUAUACCUUGAUUUGGCGCAUGUGCGACCGCAUGGCAGCAGUGUGUAGUUUAUACGGGCAGGCGCGCGCAGGCUGCUGUCUGGCCUUUCUGUUUUUGACAUGGAGCCGGGGCCGGCCUGACCCGUUGAGUGCAGGCACCCUACCGGUAUCUUGCAGCUGCACGCAGACUUGACGCGAUUGUUGCUGAACAGAAGGACUUGACUGCGUGUAUUCAUCAUAAUUGCGCACCCAUCAAGGUGCUCACGGCGUUGGAAGUACGGUACUUGUGUGGCUUGGGAGCUGCGAUGUCGGAUACGUCUGCGCUGGAUUGGCUGACAACAGGGCUGGCCCCCCAGGGGCACCCCCGCAUGGGAUGGCAUGAAUGCGGCCGGCUGCGUCUGACAUGGGCUGCUAGGCGCGUAUGAUUCUGUCUGCACGCCAUCUGGCCUGGGCCAGGGGGCACCGCUGGCCUGGCUGGCUGACAGCACGACUGACAUGAGGGACACAUCGGUGCAUGUAUGCGACUGGCCGGAUGGCCGGCCGGCCCCGAUUACCAAUAUGUCUUUCAUUCAUCCCUGUAUCAUACUGGAUCGAUGGUCAUGGUGUUGGCGGUGGUUGGGCUCUGCUGAAGCGCGCGGUCUGUGGGACUGAGGAAGAGGAGUUUGUGCGCAUGCUCUUGUCAUGCAUGCUUGAUGAUCUGCAGCUCAGGGACUCCGGCUGAAUUGAGUAUUGGACUGAUUGAAGUUACUGCAGGAUGGAUAUUCCCGCCGGACGCGGAGCGGAUGCGGGCAUUGAACAAGUGUUGCGUUUUCGUUGGACCGUUGGUCAUAACUGAUUGACAGACCUCAUCCGUGCAGGCUCACGCACCUGGAAUAGACGUGACGUAUAACCAGUUGGGAUAAAGGUAGCGAAUCUGCGCUGCAAACGUUGCGGAUUUGGGUGCCUUUGAUGGAGCUAUCUUGCAAGAUUCUGCUGUUCUACUUUGAUCCACGCCUCACGCAAUCAAGUCGUACGGUAUUAUGGAGCGGUUCUUCCACAGCCUGGGGGAUGGGAGCUGCGCGUGAGGCGACUCGAGCCACUUCAGGUCGAAGCGUAAACGCACAUAGGUUGCGUUGCAAUAGCACAUACGUCAUGUGGGUCGUCACGGCAGCAAGAUGCCUGGCGCGGGCACGCUCUAUCUGCGCCUUGCGCACAUGUGUCAGCAUGUCUCUGCAAUGUCCUCUCUGCUA